UUAUAAUUAGCUCUCUGACAUUAGUAUUAUAAAGUUUAUAAACUAUAUAUAAUAUUUUGAUAUUUUAUAAUUUUUUUUUGAUUUUUUUAUUUUCCCUCUCCCCCACCCACUAUGUCAAUAUGCAAACAGUCAAAAAUUGUGGGGCUGUCCACCGCGGGGGCGGACUGUAACCUCGUCAUCCAUAUCCACUGUUCUAAUAACAAGUACACCGUGUAAAGAAGCAGGAGAAGAAAGAAGGCUGUGGUGACUAUGGCGGAAUCUGUAGCUCUAUCUUUUGCAACCUUUGUGGUGAAAAGUCUGGGUGGGUUUCUCAUCCAGGAAGCGAAUAACUUGGGUGGGGUGAGGCCUCAAGUUGAGCAAUUGCGACACCAGCUAACUCGGAUGCAAUGCUUCUUAGAAGUUGCAGAUGCAAGACCAAGAGGAGGAGCAAAUGAGAUUAUAAUCCGCAACUGCGUUGCUGAGAUCAGAGAAGCAUCCUAUGAUGCUGAAGCUGCAAUCGCAACUUUUGUUGUCAAAAUUGGGAGAUCAGAUCAGUUCCCUUUCGUUCUCAAGAGGUAUUUGUGUAUCUUCAAGGAAUAUUUAGCCCUUCGUGAGGUUAGGUUGGAGAUUGAGGCUAUUAAUACCUGGAUCACCAAUAGCCUCACAACAGGUUUUCAAACUUGUGCAAUACUAAAUUCUAUGGGAGUUAGAGAAAGUUCAUCAUCAACUUCUGUGGCUGAGAGGCAGCGACAAUUAAGGCGAUCCUAUACCCAUAUUGUUGAGGAGGACGUUGUCGGCGUGGAAGAAGAUGUAAAAGCAAUAGUGGAUCUUCUGGUGAAGGAGAAUUGUAGAGUUGUUUCUAUUUGGGGGAUGGGUGGUCUUGGCAAGACCACCCUUGCUAAGACGGUUUACAAACACUUUGAAAAUAGCCAUCAUUUUAAAUGUGUUGCCUGGGCCUAUAUAUCUCAACAAUGCAAUACAAGGGAAGUUCUUAAAGGGAUUCUUAUCAAACUUCUCUCUCCCUCAGAUGAACAUAGGAAAGCAAUUGGAAGGUUGAAUCUUGAUGAUCUACUCAAGCAACUUCAUCAAGUCCAAAGUGAGAAGAAAUGUUUGGUGAUUCUCGAUGACAUUUGGCAGGAUACGGAUUGGGAUAGUUUGAGUCCAGGCUUCCCAAAUACUACAGAGGUAGGCAGCAAAAUAUUGCUAACAACUCGCAAUGAAAAUGUUGCUAAGCAUGUAGAUCAACAAUGCGUGCUUUAUAAAUUGAGGCACUUAACAGAAAAGGAGAGUUGGGAGCUGUUUGAGAAGAAAAUAUUUCUGAGAAGAAAUGAAGGAUUCGCAUUAAACACAGAAAUGAUUGAGUUAGGAAAGGCAAUGGUCAAACAUUGUGGUGGUGUACCAUUGGCCAUUGUGGUAUUAGGAGGACUUUUGGCAACAACAGACGCACCGAACGACUGGAAAAGGGUGAGUGAAAACAUUAGUUAUGACUUAGGUAAUGGCAGAGGCCGAGCAGGAGUCCCAAUAACAGAAAUUUUAGCCAUAAGCUACCAAGACUUGCCUUACCAUCUUAAGGCAUGUUUUUUGUAUUUGAGCCAUCUUCCUGAAGAUCAUGAUAUUCGUGCAAAAAAACUGAUUCAAAUGUGGAUGGCUGAAGGCAUUGUGUCGCCGUCAUCGAUACCCACACAAGUAGAAGUAAAAGAGAAAACAAUGUUGGAUGUUGGAAUGAGUUACUUGGGUGAGUUAGUCCAAAGAUGCAUGGUUCAAGUCCAAUUAACAAGCUUCAGAAAAAGGAUCAAACUUUGUCGCCUCCACGAUCUCAUGAGAGACUUGUGCUUGUUGAAGGCCAAAGAGGAGAAUUUUCUCGAGAUUGUUUGCAUUAAAGCCUUUGGUCAUCAGCUCGCGUGGGCAGACUCUACGCCGCCUUCUUCAUCAUCACCAUUAACAACAAUUCAUAGACUUGCUGUGUACUAUUUGAAUGACUGUGAUGCCAACUCUAUAGAAAGUGAAAAUGUUAUUCCCCUAUCUGGACAUGAAAUGAAGAAUCACAACCAUAUCCGAUCAUGCCAAUUUUACUCUUUUGGCCAUAAAUUGGAAAGUUCUGGUUGGCAAAAAUUAAAAUUACUCUUGAAGGGUCUCACAUUGCUUACCGUUUUAGACCUUGAAAGAAUUAUUAUACCUGGGGGAAGAAAGAAGUUUCCGAGAGCAAUAGGAAACCUAAUUUACCUGAGGUAUUUAAGUGUAAGAGAUUCUGAUAUUAAAAGUUUGCCUUCCUCUAUAGGCAACUUGGGAUUCCUUCAAACCCUAGAUUUAAGGGUACGGUGGUGUUUAAUAAGAAUACCCAAUGUCUUGUGGAGGUUGAAAAAAUUGAGACAUCUAUAUCUUCCUGGAGGAAUCAAGCUGUCUUGCAUAGGUAAGUUGCGAUUGGAUGGUUUAAGCAAAUUGGAGACGCUAAAAAACUUUGAUGCAAGGAAGUGUGAUGUCAGAUGCUUAUCUAAACUGAUAAAUCUUCGAAAAUUCAGUGUUGAGGUAGCCCCCAAAGAUUUGGUCGUGAUGUUGAAAUCCCCAAUCCUCAACAAUUCAAACCGCCUUCUCCAAUAUUCAUCCUUCAGCAUUAGAGGAGAUUUCCGAACGGAAGAAGAACAAAGCCUUUUAAGGCAACUUUUAGGAUGCCAACAUCUUCGCCAAUUGUAUCUAGAACAUGGGUCCCUGAAUCAGGCUAAUAAAUUGCCAGAUCAAUUCCCUCCAAAUCUCACCAAGUUAUGGUUGAGGCAUACUAAACUAGAGGAAGACCCAAUGCCAACAUUGGAGAAGUUCCCCAACUUAAGGACUCUCUGCUUAUUAAAGGAUUCCUACAUUGGGAAGGCGAUGGUUUGUUCUUCUGGACCAUCCAGCAUCAGCGGUGGAGGAGGAGGAGGGGGCUAUGGCGGCUGUGAUGGUGGAGGUUUUCCGAAACUCAUAUCUUUAGAGCUCUGGAAUAUUGAAAACUUGGAGGAGUGGAGGGUGGAACAAGGAGCCAUGCCUUGUCUCUUCCAUUUACAGAUUGGUGGAUGCCGAAAAUUGAAGGAGAUUCCGGACGGAUUGAGGUUCAUUACCACCCUCCGUGAAUUGGAUAUUAAAUACUCAUCUGAAGCACUCAGAGACAGGGUUAGAGAAGGAGGAGAGGACUUCUACAAAUUCAAGGACGUGCCUUCCAUCAUAUUAUAAUAAGAAUUGACGACUGAGCUUUCUUGGAUCUUCCUACAUUUACAUCAGCAAAUGAAGGGCAGUAAAUAUAUCCAAGUGGUGGCAACUCCAUUGUUUUUAGAUUGUUGUUAUCUCGCACAAUCUUUUCAUUUAUGCCAAUUAUCUCUACGGCCAUGGAGUUUGCUCACAGCAGCCUUUUCCUUAGCCUGGUUUGCAGCAUUUUCUUUCGUCUCUUCUUCUCAUGAAGAGGCCUACUUGACAACCUCUAGUCAAUCUACCGUUAGCUUCACGUCUGUUCUCAAUUAAGGUCUAUAUGUUACCUCUGGUGGUUUUUUUUUUUUUUUUUUUUUCUUGAGUGUUUGUAAGGCUUAUUCAAGUUAUUGGUGGUUGUUUCCUGAACUAUGUUACUUUUUAUAUGUAUUAAUGAAUGAUGUUCAUUUCUUGUGCCAAAAAUAAAAAAUAAAAAAAUAUUCAAUACUGUGGAAUCCUAUGUUUGGUGGUGUCAUAACACACCUAA